AAACGUCAAAGCGAUCGAAGCCGGCUUUAACAGAGGUAAACAAAUCAGAAGCUUCGUUAGAUUUUGUUGUUUUGCAAUAAACACAGCGAAGAACAGAGAAUUUAGAAGCAGUUUAAUUAGAAAAUGAGUUUAAUUAAACAAAUCAAAAUCGUCACCUUGGCCAAGGGACAACCCUCCGAACAGACCCACCAGAUUCGACUCCUAACGAUUGUGAAAGAUGAUCCUCCAAAGGACGCGUCGGAAGUGUCGUCUUUCUGCUACGAAACGGUGACCAAGGAGGAAGUGAUCCUCGACGAACACCCGGAACCUGUGAGCGAAGAACCUCCAGCGGAAAUCCCCAACGAGCUCAAAUGUUCCGAGUGCAAGCGAACGUUUGGCAAACUUUCGAACCUUCAAGCAUGUUUAAGAAAGCACAAAGCAAUCAGACUUGAACUGUACAAGUGUCGAUACUGUGGGAGGUGUUUCGGCACAAAGUUUGACAAUGAAAGGCAUGAGGGAGUCCACAAGAAGGGAAUGCAACCCGCGGUAGAUGUUUCCACGGUUAUUCCCGUUCCGGAACCAGACGUGUCUGUUAGCGUAACACAAACGGUACCAUUUGAAGAGGACCUGCUGCUUGAGGAUUUCGAAGAGGCGAUUCCGAUGUCAAAAAUAGCGGUGGAAAAGGCUGACAAAGCGGUGGUGGCGGCGGCGGAACCGCUCACGGAUGAAAGUAGCUCGACGUUUUGCUACGAAACGGUGAUUAAGGAAGAGCUGAUCAUUGAGGAUGAUGCGUUUGGCGACUCGGUGGUCGAAGACGAGCCGGAAGAAGCAUCUCGGUGUACGUUGAGUGUGGGUCAACCCUUGGAGGAUGAGGCCAGAACAGAGCAGGAGGGAGAUUUCGAUGAAUCGCUGGACGAACAAAGUGCACCGGAGCGGUUGAAGUGCGACAAGUGCCAGAUGAUAUUUUAUAAAAGAUAUCACUUGCAAAUGCAUUAUAAAACCCACAACCCAGUCGUGAUGAGACCAAUGUACGAAGAAUUGCUGGUUCGUAAUCAAGAUACUAACAAUUACACUUGUUCGUUCUGCGAGACUUUUUGCUCAACUCGAGACAAGGCGUUAGCUCAUGUGCAAAAGCACAUAUAUGUCAUCGAUGGUAACUAUCAGUGUUCAAUCUGCGGUUUGCGAUGCGGAGGGCAGGUCGAGCACCUGAACCACAAAAAGACUCACACGAACUCGUCCGAGCCGGUGGCGCUUCCAACAGAGGCGGAAGAUUCCCACAUGGAGUUUGAUUUUUCCAGUAGAGUCGCUUGCGAAAAGUCGGAUCUGCCACUGCACUGUAAAACGUGCAACGUGUUCUUCAGCAAUGCGACAAACUUCACCAUUCACCUGUGGAAGUCUACGCUGAGAAUUUUUCGGGCAAAGGUCGCCGCUGCUGCAAUUGCAGAGGAUCAAUCUGUUCGUAGUAAGAAACAAGUUGUUAUAGCUAAAAAACCAAAGAAAAUUCCAGCAAAAAAGAAACCCGUCAUUCGGGAUCGCGUGAAAGUUGUCACAAAAGAAACUGGUCCCUUCAGCUGUUUAAAGUGUGAUUACAAAACCACUAAGAAACAAUUGUUCUUGGACCACAACCGUGGUCACAGGGCGAUCGAGCUUGGCUUGUUCAAGUGCGAUUUGUGCGGAACGCGCGUGAGAAACAGAAGACAGCUAGUUCUGCAUGCAAAAGUUCAUGAAAAAUUGCUUGAGUGUCAAACGUGCCACGAGACAUUCGAAACCCGGACUAAGCUUCGACGGCAUCUGGUUACCCACUCGAAGAACGAGGUAACGAUCCAAUUUUUGGAAAAAGUAACCGAGGAUGAGAAGGGCACUUACACCUGUACAGUGUGCGGUAAAACAGACAUGUUUAUUCGGAAAUACGCCUAUGUUCACUUUCGCACACACGUGCUAAACGAAACCAAAGCCAAGAACGUGUGUGAAAUAUGCCAAAAGCCCUGCCUCAGCAGCUACUCUCUCAGACUUCACAUGCAAACUCACCAAAAGCUGCGUUUCACGUGCAGCACAUGCAAGCAGAAAUUUAAAACCAGAAAGGCCCUAAUGAAGCAUAGAAUGGUACACAGACGCAACGACACGUUCCAAUGUACGCAGUGUGACCGAGCGUUUCCUACGCGGCAAAUGGCCGUCAAACACUUUCGAGUGCAUCUGCCCUCGAAAUCGAAAACGAAGAGUAAAUCUCAACCAGUGCGUGCAGAACCAACACGAAGCUCAAAUCGAAGGAAAUCCACAAGGGUCAGUGGUGUGAGCAGGGAAGAUAAGAAUAAGCGUUCAUAACACGAUUCGAUAAUAUCAUUUGCUACAACAAUAAAGUAAACCUUUCAGAUCGCAACCGUAGGG